CCGGGGGGGGGAGGGCGGGAGGGAGGGAGCAGGGCCGGUAGGCGCCAGCGGCGCGCGGCGGGACCCACGGAGCCCCGCGACCCGCCGAGCCUGGAGCCGGGCCGGGGCGGGGAAGCCGGCUCCAGCCCGGAGCAAACUUCGCCGCCGGGCGGGGGGUGGCGGGGACCCCGUCCGGAGUCGGAGGAGGGGGCGGCCGCGGGCCCUCCCGCCUCUGCUCCCGCGUCUCCGGGCACCAUGCUGUCCAACUCUCAAGGCCAGACCCCACCGGUGCUGUUUCCCAACCCGCCGCCGCCGCCGCCGCCGCAGCCCCCCGCCCCGGCCCAGCCUCACCCCCCGACCCAGCCGCCGCCGCCGCAGCCCCCGCAGCAGUUUCCCCAGUUCCACGUCAAGUCGAGCCUGCAGAUCAAGAAGAACGCCAUCAUCGACGACUACAAGGUCACCACCCAGGUCCUCGGACUGGGUAUCAACGGGAAAGUUUUGCAGAUCCUCAACAAGAGGACCCAGGAGAAAUUCGCCCUAAAAGAGACUGAGCCAUCUGGACACCUGUCUGGGGAUUGCCUCUGCAAGAUGCUUCAGGACUGCCCCAAGGCCCGCCGGGAGGUCGAGCUGCACUGGAGGGCUUCCCAGUGCCCACACAUCGUGCGGAUCGUCGAUGUCUACGAGAACCUGUACGCGGGGAGGAAGUGCCUGCUCAUUGUCAUGGAAUGUCUGGAUGGCGGAGAGCUCUUUAGCCGAAUCCAGGACCGAGGAGACCAAGCGUUCACAGAAAGAGGUAGAAAGGAAGCGUCAGAAAUCAUGAAGAGCAUCGGUGAGGCCAUCCAGUAUCUGCACUCAAUCAACAUUGCCCACCGGGAUGUCAAGCCUGAGAACCUCCUAUACACCUCCAAAAGGCCCAAUGCCAUUCUGAAACUCACCGAUUUUGGCUUUGCCAAGGAAACCACCAGCCACAAUUCUUUGACUACUCCUUGUUAUACGCCGUACUAUGUGGCUCCGGAAGUGCUGGGUCCAGAGAAGUAUGACAAGUCCUGUGACAUGUGGUCCUUGGGUGUCAUCAUGUACAUCCUGCUGUGUGGGUAUCCCCCCUUCUACUCCAACCAUGGUCUUGCCAUCUCUCCGGGCAUGAAGACUCGCAUCCGAAUGGGCCAGUAUGAAUUUCCCAACCCAGAAUGGUCCGAAGUGUCAGAGGAAGUGAAGAUGCUUAUCCGGAACCUGCUGAAAACAGAGCCCACGCAGAGGAUGACCAUCACAGAGUUUAUGAACCACCCCUGGAUCAUGCAAUCCACAAAGGUCCCUCAGACCCCACUGCACACCAGCCGGGUCCUGAAGGAGGACAAGGAGCGGUGGGAGGAUGUCAAGGAGGAGAUGACCAGUGCCUUGGCCACAAUGCGUGUCGACUACGAGCAGAUCAAGAUAAAAAAGAUUGAAGAUGCGUCCAAUCCUCUCCUUCUGAAGAGGCGGAAGAAAGCUCGGGCCCUGGAGGCUGCGGCCCUCGCUCACUGAGCCUCUGAGCCCAUCCCACUGCACGGCAGGGCAAGCAAUAACUCUCGACCUGGAUAUAUUUUUUAAACGAAGAGACACAGAACUGUCCCACUUCCGCCUCCCCUCCUCCUCGGCGGCAUGGAGUCCGGAGCCCCAUCAGAGGCUGAAUCCUGCCUUUGGUUCCAAACGAACGGCCACCUCAGAGACGGGGAGGCCGGGAGGUUGGGGGUGGCGUGGAGAGAGAAGGGAGCAAGAUGCUCUUGAACCCGUGCUCAUUUUGCAAUUCUGUCAGUAAUUUGACUUAGAAUUUUUAUGAAACUCCUUUUAUUGUUCCUUGCCCCACUCUGCCCUCCUGUUCCCCAAACCCCUUCCUCUGGACGUGCAAGGGUUUGGGGUUUGUUAAAGGGUAUUUGUGGAAACUGUUCUAGGGCGUGUCGCUGUGUGGUCCCACUGCCCUCUCCUUCCCCACUACAGCCUGAGGUCCCUGCUGGCCGAGGCAUUCUGGGAGCUCGAAGCCAUGCAGGGCCGGGGCUGGGAUGCCACCCACCUCCGCUGGAGCCCUCAGACGUGUGCCAGACGCACAGAGGCGAGUGUGAGUGUGUGUGUGUGUGUGUGUGUGUGUGUGCGCGUGCGUGCGCGCACAUGUGUAUGUGUGCCCGGAUCUGUGUCUGGGACUGCAUUUGAGGGGCCAGGGGCAGGCAGGGCUGCAGAGGGAGGGGCCCUGCUGUGGCUCAAGAGCCUUCACCCUCCCUGGGCCUGCCGUGCCCAUGUUGGGUCUGCCAAAGUGCCUGAGAAGCCUAUCCAGAUCCUGGGCCAGGCCCUCCGUGGCCUGCCCGUUAGCCGGUUCUGGGAGGCAGAGAGGAGUGACUUAGGCACUGGCACAACAAUCAGGAAGACUGGACCACCCCCCGUCCUCACCCCCUGCUCCCUAGUUAGUGCUGGUCCUCGUCCUCUGAGGCGCUUAGCUUCCAAGUGGCCUCUCCACUUCUCCUUCCUGCCAUUCUUAACCCACUCUUGUUUAGUUUUCCUACAUUUGUAGCCACUUCUUAACAGGCCUCCCCUCUGCCCGCGUGGGUGAGCCUGGGCAGUCUAGAAGUGAUACACAGCUUCUGCGUUCUGCUGUCUCUCUCCUGGGCUCUGGAGGCAUUGGCGAGCCACCCCAUGCGGGCAAAGGCAACACCACUCAAGUGCUGUUGUGUGUUGGGGGGGGGGGAAUCCUUCACACCAAAGAUGUCCCGGCUCUGCCCCCCCCCCCCCCCCCGUCCCCACUGGCCACUUCCCCUACCCCAAACAGCUCAGCUUCACGUAUCCAGGCCAGUGAGGGGAGGGUGGGGAGGGCCCUCCCCCAGUGUUAAUGAGCAACCUGGGGAGACGUCCUCUGUGCCAUGGUCUUCGGGGCUGUAAUCCUUCAGCUUUCGUCUCCCUCAGGGGCAAGGUGGUGGAGGAGCCCCCCGGCUCUUCUCUGGGCACAGGGGAAGGCCCUUCUCGGAGGGCCUGCAGCGCCUCCCUGUCUCUGAUGGUGUGUCCAGCACUCAGAUUGUUGUAAACUAUUGAUGUUUUGUAUGAGCGAAACUGUCUUUACUAAACAGAUUUAAUAGUU